CAGCCGCCGCAGCGCAGCUGGGAGCAGGCGCUGCCGGCUGGUGCGGGCUGCGUCUGCAGCUGCGGCACCACGGGGAUUGGCACCCUGGAGCUUCUGAUGGAUUCUUGCAAAGAGCCUUGACCUCAGGCUUUCACAUCCAUCCGCUUCGGUCGGGGGCAUGGUGCUCUGAGCCUGGCCUAGGCAGGUGCUUUAUCUGGAUAAAGGAAGAGAGACCUCUUAAGGGAGAGGAGAGAGCCUUAUUCUUGACAGGACACUGGCCUGCUUACCUGCUCUUAUGGCCUGUUACGGGAUGUCUUUGCUGUUUCUGGCUCUGUUUUGUAGCUGCACGUGAAGACUUGAUUGGUGAUUUCAGCAUCUGAAAGCAAAGAUGGAUAAGAUCCUGGAAGCCGUGGUGAUGUCUUCAUACCCCAACAAUGUGAAGCAAGGACUUGUGAGACGGGUCAUUGAGGCAGCAAAGCAGCCCAUGGAUAGCGAGCAGUGCUGGUCCAUGCUGGAGCUCUCCACCAAGCUUUACCUCACAGGCGACACCAAGUACAAGAGGGAGAUCGGAAAGGAGGUGUUGGAAGUUUAUGGACACUACCAUCCGGAGGAGUUUGAAGAGUUCUUCAAUGUCCGCUUCCUCUUGAGCCUCCUCCAGGAGGGCUAUGGGCCUCUGGGGAAAAGGAGCCAUUAUGUGCUGGAUUACAUCCACCUUGGGCUGCAGUUCGUCUUGGAGAGCCCGUCGGCUAAUGAUAUUUUCAGCCUCUUGAAGAUUGAAGUGCUCCGGAAAGUCUGCGAGAGGCCCGGACCCAAGCAGUGCGCCAAGAUCGGUAAACUCCUCAUGCAGCAUCCUCAGUGCAUCCCCACCGGCAAGCACCAGGUCUUGUUCUGCCAGCAGCUAAUACGGUGCAUCGGGCAGUUCCAGUGCAUCUCGGAGGGUGAGGAGGAGAUCAUGGAGUUUCUAGACCAUGUGAACAAAGUGAGCGGACUGCUGCAGAAAAUCUGGAGAGCUCAGACGUCCGCCAUCCUCCCAUCCCUAAAAGAGCUCUUCACAAUCAUUUCUUCAACAGAGGAGCAGGAAGCUCCAUCCAAUGCCUUGGCCAGUGUGGUCCAGUAUGUUCCUCUGGAGCUCAUGGAUGGCGUCAUCAGAAACCUAACCAAUGAUGACAGCAUAACCGAUGCCCAGAUGAUGACGGCGAUUAGUAGGAUGAUCGAUUGGGUCUCUUGGCCUCUAGGGAAGAACAUAGACAAGUGGAUCAUUGCUCUGUUGAAGGGUUUGGCUGCAGUGAAGAAAUUCAGCAUCUUGAUCGAAGUGACUCUUUCCAAAAUUGAAAAGGUCUUUUCCAAGCUGCUGUACCCCAUCGUGAGGGAGGGGGCCCUGUCUGUCCUGCAGUACAUGCUGCUGAGUUUCCAGCACUCGCACGAAGCUUUCCACUUGCUGCUUCCUCACGUCCCCCGGCUGGUGGCAUCUCUGAAGAAGGAAGAUUCGAACUCUGCAACGAGCUGCCUGGAACAGCUGGCCGAGCUGAUCCACUGCAUGUUCUUCCGGUUUUCGGGAUUUCCAGAUCUCUACGAACCAGUCCUGGAGGCAGUCAAAGCUCUCCCGAUUCCCAAUGAGGACCGAAUUAAACAUUUACUGGGGCAGAACGCUUGGACCUCCCAGAAGAAUGAGCUGGCCUGUUUCUAUCCACGCCUAGCUUCUAAGUCAGAAACGGGAAAGAUUGGCUUAAUUAACCUGGGGAACACCUGCUACAUGAACAGCAUCAUCCAGUCCCUUUUCAUGGCCUCAGACUUUAGACAUUCGGUGCUGAAUUUAACGGAAAGCAAUGCACAGCCCCUGAUGACAAAGCUCCAGUGGCUCUUUGCAUUUCUGGAGCACAGUCAGCGACCUGCCAUCUCGCCUGAAAGUUUCCUCUCGGCAUCCUGGCCUCCGUGGUUCAGCCCUGGUGCUCAGCAGGACUGCUCCGAAUACCUGAAGUAUCUGCUGGACCGAUUGCAUGAAGAAGAGAAAACUGGGAAAAGAAUUUACCAAAAGCUCAAAGAGUCUAACUUGAUGUCUCAGGCCAAGGAGAAUCACUACUUAAACAAGACCUUAGUUGAGAAAAUGUUUGGGGGUAAAAUGACCACCAAAAUUCGCUGUCUGAAGUGUUUGAAUGUCUCCUCCCGAGAAGAAGCCUUCACAGACCUGUCCUUGGCUUUCCCGCCAAUUGAAAGGCACGGACAUAGGCCAAACCACACCACCAUUUUGCCAGUGGAAGAAAUCAGCCCCCAGAUUAUAGAGCCACCUGUAAAACCCCAGAGCCAGAUAAUAGACUCUCCUGGGAGACAGAGGAAACGCCACGUGUCUGGAGAGCAACCCACGCAGCUAGUGCAGGUGGAAACGUUAGGCUUCCAGGAAGCAGGGGAGCAAGAGGCUCCUAUUGACUUGAGACAUGAUCCUGCUGGUAGGGAGAUGGGGAAAGAUCCACUCUUGGCUUUUGGAGAGCAGACGUGUAGUUCCAAGGACUCCAGAUCUGUCCCGGACUUGAUCAACUAUUUUCUAUCUCCAGAGAUGCUGACAGCAGAGAAUAAAUACCAUUGUGACAAGUGUGCUUCCUUGCAAGAUGCAGAGAAAGUGGCUGAGUUGACAGAAGGGCCUCACUACCUUAUCCUCACCCUGCUGAGGUUCUCUUUCGACCUGAGGACCAUGAAGAGGAAGAAGAUCUUGGAUAACGUCUCGAUACCACUGGUGCUGAAGCUACCUGUUCUGGUUGCGUCAGAGGAACCGGAUGAUGUUUGCCCUCCCAGGCAGGAGAGGGCUGCAUCAGGGACUGGCUUUGUGUCUGUGGUGUAUGACCUCUGCAGUGUGGUGGUUCAUUCUGGGGUCUCCUCUGAGAGUGGCCACUACUACUGCUACUCCCGGGAGGGUACUGAUACAGGUGCCAGGGCACAGCCACGGGAUGGGGCUCAGAAAGCCACCUCUGAAAAGCAGCUGGACUUUGAAAUCCAGUGGUACCUCUUCAAUGACACCAGAGUCUCCUUCUCCUCCUUUGAAUCUGUCAGCAAUGUGACCUCUUUCUUCCCCAAAGACACUGCCUAUGUGCUCUUCUACCAGCAGAGGCCAGGCAAGCAGAGCUGCACAAUGUACGCGGAGGCUUCGGAUGCUGUCCAGCUGCAUGGGGAGCCCUCGCUCAAUAAAGACUUGAUGGAAGCCAUUUCCAAAGACAACAUCCUGUAUUUGCAGGAGCAAGAAAAGGAAGCAAGAAACAGAGCUGCCUAUAUCUCGGCCUUGCCCAAGUCACCCCUGUGGUGGAGAGACUUUGACAGGGACAAGGAUGAUGAAGGCUCCUCAGGGGGCUGCGGCUCUGCUGCUGGAGGUGGAGGCUCGUUUCAUGGCCUCGUCUUCUAGGAACACCAUCUGCAACAGACACUGACUAUAACCAACAAGCUCUGCUUCAGCCUUUGUUUCUAAGCAAGCAGCUGGGCCCACAAAAGCUGGUCUCCUCUGCUGUACACCCUCACUGCAGGCAGUGUGACUGUGGAGAGGGAUCCGGCCCUGAAUUCUUGCACCUAGGAGGAAGGAUUCGCUGCUAAUUCAGGGAAUGCAUUGCUGCCAGGUACUGGUGUGAGGAGAGCCCCAUUGCUUUCUAUGCACUUUAUCCUAAAUGCCUUAACAGAAUACUAUUUACUAAGCUCCGUGGUGACUUGAAGUAUCAUUUUGUCCAACUGGUCACUUCCUCUUGCUUGCUGUGGGAACCAUCAAUCAGGACCUCGAUGAGGAGGGGCUCAGAGGAUCAAGAUGCCUUUGGAAGAAACUAAGCCGGGACCUGGAUGUGGAGGUCUACAGUGCUUACACACCCCUUCCUCUGAAGGAGGGCCAAGAUCUUCCAGAAUCAGCUAUGAAUUUUGGGGCAGGUUGUUUUGGAGGACCUAAUUAACUCACCUCACCCACCCUCUCCUUGUGGACUCUCUGUAGGGCAUCAUCAGUAGGGGAUCUCCAAAUGAAGGCACCUCAAAUUAGUAGUCCCUUCUGCAAUACUUGGCCUUGAAAGACUGCAGGCUGCACCAUCUCCAGAGGUCCAUCUGAUAUCCUAGCAGUUAGGCAACUUGAACAUAGGAUAUCAGUGCAAUGCACCGUGUGUGUGUGUGUGUGUGUGUGUGUGUGAGAUCACAGCUCCCUCGGCCUGCAGUCACUAAGAACGAUUGCAGCCUGUUGCUUAUGCCCAGUUGCUGGGACAACUCCUCUGUCUCCAAUGGUUGGGGCUUGUGCCUUUCAAGAAAAAGGGUCCUGCCUUCACUUCCUCUAGAUGGCUGUGGUGCAUAUGGAUAUUGUGAAUCCACAGAAUGGAAAGCAAAGCACGGGACUGAAGUUGAAUGAUGACAGAGGGUAAAUUCUGCAACAAGUUGGCUACUAUCACGCACUAUACUGCUGUUCUUCAUUGUGUUCGUAGCGAUAAAGGAAAGGAAAUCAUUCCUCAUGAAGGACUGCUGCAUGCUUAGCAUUUCCUACAGGUAUCAGAGCCUGAUUACGAUUCCCACGUACUCUGGUGCUUCAGAAGAGGAGAUGCUGCUGUGCUCGUACUGCUAUUAAUCACCUGAUGCCUUGUAAAUAUUCCCAAUCGUGCUGCUUUGCUGUUUUAUCAUGCGACUGCUCCUCACUCUCUCGAAAGAGGUUUUGAGGCUGAGGGAGUUUUGCCUUUGUACAAAAUGCAGGCGUGAGCCACUGUGUUCAGCUCUUGACUUGUGAAUAAAAUCUUCCCAAAGGCUU